AGUAACACUCUUAUCCCUAAGCAACGAAUUAGAUUCGGUGGUGUCUGACUCAAUUACUUGCCAGGAAAGUUGCUGCAACAUCGUCUUCUUUGUUCCUCUGCACAUCUAACAGGAUAGCAUUCGAGCUCUGUGUUCAGCUUCAACCAGCAGCAGCUAUGGACAUAGUCUCGCCAAUACUGGAGAUUUCUGGUGUAAAUCAUGUCAUCAAUAAACUAGUUGAUAAAACCACUAAUUAUUUGCAAGAUCAGUGCUACUGGGAAACCUACUUGCAAGAAGAAUUGAAAAGCCUCCAAGACUUACUUCCUCAGAUCGAAGCAGUUGUUUACUUUGCCGAACAUAGAUUAACUUCGUAUGAAUCUUCUGAUCGAGCAUUAAUUAAGUGGCUGUGGAAGUUCAGGGAUGUGAUCGACGAGGCUGAGGAUGUGCUGGAUGAGCUGGAAUAUCUUGAACUGGAGAGGAAAGCUAAUAGUGACAAAAGUUGGCUUUCUAGAAGGGUUGAUGCUUCUGUUAAUGCUGCAAAAAGAUUACUGAAAUUUGAUGAUGUUCUUGGGAGAUUAAGGACAUGCGUUAAGAACUUGAACACCUCUGCUUCAGAUGUUGAGAAGUUUUUGGCACUGGUGACUCCGACAGGUGGCGUCGGCACUGGACAAAUGCAGCAAGGGAUUCUACCAUUGUCUCAUCAAAGUAGGAUCACCUUUUCUUUACCUGUAUCAUCAUUCAAAGGGCGUGUGGAAGAAAAAGAGAAAAUCAUUAAGUAUUUGCUAGGAGAAGAAUCCGAAAUUCAAAUCAGUGAGAAUGUGCAUUGCCUUCCUUUGGUAGCGUUGGGUGGUAUGGGGAAAACUGCACUCGCUCAAGAAGUCUUUGAUCAUUUUAAAAAUGUGAAAAAGGAACACUUCGACAUCAAAAUCUGGGUAUGUGACUCCUUACCUGAUCUCAAUUCAUCAAAUCUUACGAAGAAAAUUCUAGAGUAUUCAACUGGCAGAUCUGAAUCUGGGCCAUUGGAAUUAAUACCAGAGAAACUCAAGGAAAAGUUACAUUCCAAAAGAUUUUUACUUGUCCUAGAUGAUGCUUGGGAUGACAAAAAUCAGAGAGAGUGGGAGAAACUAUGUGCUCCAUUGUUAUAUGGCCAAAAGGGUAGUUGGGUACUAUUAACAACUAGAUCAAAAUCAGUUGCAAAUAUGGUUGCAAGAGAAAUCAAAGGUACAAUGAUGCCAAUGAUGUUGCAGGGAUUGUCAGAGGAUGAAUGUCUUUCACUCCUAUACGAGCAUGCAUUUGCUGGUCAAGACCCAAAUGGAUUUCCACUGCUUAAAGAAAUUGGCAGAGAAAUAGUAAAGAAAUUGAAAGGUGUACCUCUUCUAGCAAAGUCAAUUGGAGGAGCGUUGAAUAGUAAACUAGAAGCAGAUCACUGGACAAGCAUUUUAAGAAGUGAAUUAUGGAAAAGGUCACAAGAUUCAACAUACAAUUUCAUUCCAGUUCUAACACUGAGUUACGUGAUGCUUCCACCACGCUUGAAGCGGUGCUUUGCCUACUGCAGUAUGAACUCAAGAUUACAAAUUUAACAAGCAAAAGUUGGUGUGCAUGUGGGUGGCAGCAGGCCUAAUUUACUCGGAUGGAUUAGAGGAGGGCUCGGAUGAGGAGGACAUAGCUAACUGUUGCUUUGAUAUGUUGUGCAACAAAUCUUUCUUUGACUACAAUCGGAGUCCAUUUUUCUAUAACAAGUCACCUUAUGGUUUAGAAAAUGAUUAUUACACCAUGCAUGAUAUGCUGAACUGUCUUGCUUGCCAUAUCUCACACUAUGAAUGUUGUUGAAUUGUGGAUGGCACAACUCCAAGUCUCAUUUUGGAUAAUAAUACUAUCCGUCAUAUAUCUAUUACUUGUUCCCAUGCUCAACUCCAUGAUCUAGCUAACAUAGUGAGCAAAUUCAAGCACUUGCGAACCCUUUGUAUAUCACGUCAACAAUUUGAGGAGUUUAUUCAAGAUGCAUGUAAAUCACCGAGAAGAAUUCGAGUAUUGAUUAUGGAUUCUAAUUUAUCUGAUCGGUGUUUGAAAAGCAUUAGUGACUUUGUAAAAAUACGGUUUCUUCAAAUUCGGAAUAAUUUUCUACAAUCACUAUCAAUGCGUAAGUUCUAUUUCUUACAAGUUCUAAUGGGAGAAGAUGACGCUUUGGCAAAAGACGCAAACAAGUUGACCAAUUUAAGACAUUUAUACGAAGUGCAUGAGUAUGCACUUUUCUCAGUGGCUAAAGUAGGAAAGUUAACAUCUCUCCAGGAAUUAUGCUUCCCUAUCAGCACAAAACCCGGGCAUAGAAUUGAGGAGCUGAUGAAUAUGGAUAAUCUCCGUAAAUUAACCAUUAAACAACUUUCCAAUGUGCGAAGUCUUGAAAAGGCCAAUAUGGUCAACUUGGUCCAGAAACGUUAUCUCAUAAGCCUGGAACUGGACUGGAAUGUUGCAAAUAAUCCUGAAGAUGAUGCAAGUAAUCCGGACCUUGAUCAACCUGUUCUGGCAGCUCUACAACCCUAUCCUACAAUUAGAGAACUCACCAUUAGAGGGUACAAAGGGGGUAGGCCUGCACCAUGGAUGGAUACUUCUCUUUCUCUCCUUGGAAAUCUUCAACUUAAUGCUUGUACAAGUUUGGAAGAGCUGCCCUCUCUAUGGAAGUUGCCCUGCCUUAAGUUUCUGAAAUUGAAUGAAAUGAAUGCAAUAAGAAGUUUGGGUUGUCACUUCUCUAGCCAGAUCGACAUACAAUUUCCAGUUUUAGAGCAACUUGGAUUUUAUGACCUUCCCCUCUUGGAGGAAUGGAAAGGUGCGGAUGACUAUAUAUGGUUCCCUCAUCUCAAAAGCUUCAAAAUUUGUGACUGUCCCAAACUAAAGAAAAUUCCUGACCUCCCGUUGUCUAUAAAGAAUCUCACACUGGAAAAUUUGGGUUUAGAAGCUCUUCCACGAUCCUACAACUACAAGUGUUCCAAUGGUUCUAGGACAUUUGGAGGAUUUCAGCGGCUGAUGAUGUCCCUAUUAAAGAUUUGCUUCUGAGAUCUCAGGUAUGCUAUAUGCUUUCGUUCCUAUUACAGAUUUGUUUCAGAGAUCUCAUGCUACUAUGUGUUUUUUAAUAGAUGAAAGAUGAUUAUGAAUACCGUCUAAUUUAUCUAAAAUCAUUGGCAAUAGCAGCAGCUAUGGACAUAGUCUCGCCAAUACUGGAGAUUUCUGGUGUAAAUCAUGUCAUCAAUAAACUAGUUGAUAAAACCACUAAUUAUUUGCAAGAUCAGUGCUACUGGGAAACCUACUUGCAAGAAGAAUUGAAAAGCCUCCAAGACUUACUUCCUCAGAUCGAAGCAGUUGUUUCCUUUGCCGAACAUAGAUUAACUUCGUAUGAAUCUUCUGAUCGAGCAUUAAUUAAGUGGCUGUGGAAGUUCAGGGAUGUGAUCGACGAGGCUGAGGAUGUGCUGGAUGAGCUGGAAUAUCUUGAACUGGAGAGGAAAGCUAAUAGUGACAAAAGUUGGCUUUCUAGAAGGGUUGAUGCUUCUGUUAAUGCUGCAAAAAGAUUACUGAAAUUUGAUGAUGUUCUUGGGAGAUUAAGGACAUGCGUUAAGAACUUGAACACCUCUGCUUCAGAUGUUGAGAAGUUUUUGGCACUGGUGACUCCGACAGGUGGCGUCGGCACUGGACAAAUGCAGCAAGGGAUUCUACCAUUGUCUCAUCAAAGUAGGAUCACCUUUUCUUUACCUGUAUCAUCAUUCAAAGGGCGUGUGGAAGAAAAAGAGAAAAUCAUUAAGUAUUUGCUAGGAGAAUAAUCCGAAAUUCAAAUCAGUGAGAAUGUGCAUUGCCUUCCUUUGGUAGCGUUGGGUGGUAUGGGGAAAACUGCACUCGCUCAAGAAGUCUUUGAUCAUUUUAAAAAUGUGAAAAAGGAACACUUCGACAUCAAAAUCUGGGUAUGUGACUCCUUACCUGAUCUCAAUUCAUCAAAUCUUACGAAGAAAAUUCUAGAGUAUUCAACUGGCAGAUCUGAAUCUGGGCCAUUGGAAUUAAUACCAGAGAAACUCAAGGAAAAAUUACAUUCCAAAAGAUUUUUACUUGUCCUAGAUGAUGCUUGGGAUGACAAAAAUCAGAGAGAGUGGGAGAAACUAUGUGCUCCAUUGUUAUAUGGCCAAAAGGGUAGUUGGGUACUAUUAACAACUAGAUCAAAAUCAGUUGCAAAUAUGGUUGCAAGAGAAAUCAAAGGUACAAUGAUGCCAAUGAUGUUGCAAGGAUUGUCAGAGGAUGAAUGUCUUUCACUCCUAUACCAGCAUGCAUUUGCUGGUCAAGACCCAAAUGGAUUUCCACUGCUUAAAGAAAUUGGCAGAGAAAUAGUAAAGAAAUUGAAAGGUGUACCUCUUCUAGCAAAGUCAAUUGGAGGAGCGUUGAAUAGUAAACUAGAAGCAGAUCACUGGACAAACAUUUUAAGAAGUGAAUUAUGGAAAAGGUCACAAGAUUCAACAUACAAUUUCAUUCCAGUUCUAACACUGAGUUACGUGAUGCUUCCACCACGCUUGAAGCGGUGCUUUGCCUACUGCAGUAUAUUCCCUCAAGAUUACAAAUUUAACAAGUAAAAGUUGGUGUGCAUGUGGGUGGCAGUAGGCCUAAUUUACUCGGAUGGAUUAGAGGAGGGCUCGGAUGAGGAGGACAUAGCUAACUGUUGCUUUGAUAUGUUGUGCAACAAAUCUUUCUUUGACUACAAUCGGAGUCCAUUUUUCUAUAACAAGUCACCUUAUGGUUUAGAAAAUGAUUAUUACACCAUGCAUGAUAUGCUGAACUGUCUUGCUUGCCAUAUUUCACACUAUGAAUGUUGUAGAAUUGUGGAUGGCACAACUCCAAGUCUCAUUUUGGAUAAUAAUACUAUCCGUCAUAUAUCUAUUACUUGUUCCCAUGCUCAACUCCAUGAUCUAGCUAACAUAGUGAGCAAAUUCAAGCACUUGCGAACCCUUUGUAUAUCACGUCAACAAUUUGAGGAGUUUAUUCAAGAUGCAUGUAAAUCACCGAGAAGAAUUCGAGUAUUGAUUAUGGAUUCUAAUUUAUCUGAUCGGUGUUUGAAAAGCAUUAGUGACUUUGUAAAAAUACGGUUUCUUCAAAUUCGGAAUAAUUUUCUACAAUCACUAUCAAUGCGUAAGUUCUAUUUCUUACAAGUUCUAAUGGGAGAAGAUGACGCUUUGGCAAAAGACGCAAACAAGUUGACCAAUUUAAGACAUUUAUACGAAGUGCAUGAGUAUACACUUUUCUCAGUGGCUAAAGUAGGAAAGUUAACAUCUCUCCAGGAAUUAUGCUUCCCUAUCAGCACAAAACCCGGGCAUAGAAUUGAGGAGCUGAUGAAUAUGGAUAAUCUCCGUAAAUUAACCAUUAAACAACUUUCCAAUGUGCGAAGUCUUGAAAAGGCCAAUAUGGUCAACUUGGUCAAGAAACGUUAUCUCAUAAGCCUGGAACUGGACUGGAAUGUUGCAAAUAAUCCUGAUGAUGAUGCAAGUAAUCCGGACCUUGAUCAACCUGUUCUGGCAGCUCUACAACCCUAUCCUACAAUUAGAGAACUCACCAUUAGAGGGUACAAAGGGGGUAGGCCUGCACCAUGGAUGGAUACUUCUCUUUCUCUCCUUGGAAAUCUUCAACUUAAUGCUUGUACAAGUUUGGAAGAGCUGCCCUCUCUAUGGAAGUUGCCCUGCCUUAAGUUUCUGAAAUUGAAUGAAAUGAAUGCAAUAAGAAGUUUGGGUUGUCACUUCUCUAGCCAGAUCGACAUACAAUUUCCAGUUUUAGAGCAACUUGGAUUUUAUGACCUUCCCCUCUUGGAGGAAUGGAAUGGUGCGGAUGACUAUAUAUGGUUCCCUCAUCUCAAAAGCUUCAAAAUUUGUGACUGUCCCAAACUAAAGAAAAUUCCUGACCUCCCGUUGUCUAUAAAGAAUCUCACACUGGAAAAUUUGGGUUUAGAAGCUCUUCCACGAUCCUACAACUACAAGUGUUCCAAUGGUUCUAGGACAUUUGGAGGAUUUCAGCGGCUGAUGAUGUCCCUCGAGACCCUUCAAAUUUCUGAGUGUCCAAAAAUUGUGCAGAUUGGAUUAAUCGACGAAGAUGAUGAUCAUCUCCUUCCGUCGUCACUGAAAGAACUUACACUUUCAAUUCUUUUCAAAGAUGAUGAUUUGGCAAGUUAUCUACAAGGUCUUACUUUGCUCACUGGCUUAUCUUUAUAUUUUUCUCCGGGCGUGGAAUCACUUCCUUUAGCAAAUGAGCUGGAACAUCUGACUGCACUUCAAAGGUUGUAUAUCAAGAGUGGUGAAACCUUGACUUCACCAGGAGGCUUAUAUAUUAUAAAAUCUCUUACAUCUUUGAGCAUUUCUGAUUGUCCGAAAUUCCUCUCUGCUGCUGAGGUUGAGUCAGAGGAAUUUUUAAAAGACAAGACAAGGAAGCAUGCGGUAUCAUCUUCCUCAGUUUUUGAUCACUCUGCAAGUGAUAAGGUUACUAGCAUCCUUCCCUCCUCCCUUGAAUAUCUAUCUUUUACAGACUCUGGCAUUUCGCAAGAGUCAUUGGGUCGAUGUCUUCAAGGUCUUUCCUCACUGAAAGAUUUGAAAGUAUCAGGUUGCCAUCGUUUGGUGUCUCUUCCCAACAUAGAGUAUCUGCAUAAUCUGACAGCGUUGCAGAAAUUGAGGAUUUAUGAUUGUAAAGAAUUAUGUGAAUUGGAGUCAUUGACGGGACUUGCCUCCCUCAGAAUAUUGGAGAUUAAGCGCUGCUCCAAAUUAGCAACAACAACAGAACAAAGUGCCACAAAGAAAAAGAAGGGAGCAUUACCUUCACUUGAAGACAUUGAUAUCGACGACAUCUUCUAUCUACCCAUGAUACCGAUUUCAGAAAAGCUAAAGACCCUUUAUAUCAUAAGUAGUGACAAAGAGCUCACUUGUUUCCCUUCUGAGAUAGAGGAGUCGUUGUUGCAAUAUCGGAAGUCUCUGGAAAAUUUACAUUUGUAUCGGAUGUCUCAUCUGCAAUCUUUACCCGCAAGUUUGGAGAGCUUUUCAUCGCUCAAGUUUCUUCGUAUACAUUCUGCUCCAGAACUCAAGUCACUGCCCAGGAUGCCUGCCUCCUUGGAGAGACUGACAAUUUAUGGAUGCAGUGCAAAGCUUGAGAAGCGUUACCAAAAGAACAUCGGUCGGGACUGCCCUAACAUCAAGUACAUUGAAAUUACAGCUGACAAAGAGGACAAGGCCGAGGCUCAAGUCAAUUGCAACUGGGUCAGCAGCAGACUUUGGCGUUCCGCAUGAUCAUAUAUAUGUAAUACCAACUGCAGGAGCUGGUCAUUCAUCAAAAGGGCAAGUUAUCAUUUUUGAACCAAAUCUCUUUGUGCUUUAAGCUUUUCUUUCCAUUCAUUUUGAAAAUAAACCAUAGAGAGAUUAAAUAACCCAUUCCCCGAUAAUCCUCUCCUUGGGUGUUGUUUUCCACACUUCUAUAAAACACAACUAAUUGCUAAAGAGAUUGAUGCUUCUGUUAAAGUUGCAAAAGUAUUACAGAAAUUUGAUGAUGUUCUUGGGAGACUAAGGGCGUGUGUGAAGAAUUGGAAUCCCACUGCUUCGGAUGUUAUUAAAUUUGAAGAGAAGCAAUCAUGACUGGCUAUACAUAAUAUAGUCUCAUCUUCAGAAUUGAAAUGCUUUCAAUAUUUUCAUUUUACACUUAUUUUUAUCAUUCUAAAUUACAUCCGCAUUUUGAUUGUAAAAUAACAAUCUUGGAUGAAGACUUAUAAUCGAGUAAAUAUAUAUUUUUAUGUUAAUAGCAUAUCAGAUGGACUGAAGCGCAAGGUAAGCUAGAAGGACUUGAUCCGUGGAUACCUGAUCAAAUGUGGAAGCACUUUACCAUUGCAUUGUAGACACUCUAUACUUGAUCGAACUUGACGAGGAAGAACCAAUCAAAUACACAAGAGGAGGAUAGUGUCUGGUUUAACCAAAUUGGAGAUCAUCACAAACAAGCAAACUCAUUCAUUUGGAGAGGGGAAUGGUGAAAGUAUUAGUUUCAAGUCUCCGAUUUGGAAGCUUAAUUUGUUCUAGUAUUUUUUUUUUUAGGGAAUCGUGUAAGUUAUUCCAUGAACACGGUUCAUUUACUCUAUUUUAGAUCUUGGGACGUGUUGCCAUGUUUAUUAAAAUAUAAUGGGUAAAAAUAAAUCUCUAAUUACCCAUUUUUAUCUUAA